GGGGGGAUUAAUGUUAUUCCAUUUUAAUUAUAUAACAUACAUACAUACAUACAUACAUACAUACACACAUGUAUCUACAUAAAUAUAAUAGGUAUAGUACAAAUAUACAAGCAGGUAUUCAAAUUAAUAACAAAUAAUUGAACUUAAAAUACUGUAACAGGAUUAAUUCAAAUAACUAAAUUCAAAUAGAUUUUUAUUUGAAUUUAGUAUUUUGCAUACCCAAGAUUUGUUUUAUGAAUUUUUAAUUGAAAUUAUGAAUUUAAAAAAAGAAUUUCAAUUUCAACUACACUAAUAUUACUUUGACAGGUUGAUGAAUAGGUAACGAUAAAGGCAAAAUAACAAUAAAGAUCAUCUUCAUUGUCACUAAAUAGGAUGAAUUAUUGCCACCUUUCAUAAAAAUGAGCAAAAAAAUUUAUCAGACAAUACUACCACCUAUUUCUUGAAUGGAACAGUUGCAUUAUUGUGCAAUAUUUGUUUUAUACAUUUAAUGUUAUUAUUUUUAUUUUCCACUCAAACAGUAGGUGAAAUUGUUUCACAUAUAAAUUGUCAUUCUUUAAAACAUUUUUCAUUUGCUCACAGUCCCCAGGUAACUCUUGUUACCAAUAAUCAUGUCAUGUUCCCCUGAGGUAUAAAAAUGAGGUUACAUGUAAAAUAUAAAAUCCCUUUGUCAUCAUUUACCAUGGGGGAAAAACCAAAGAAUUUAACACAAAAGAGACAGGCCAAGAUUGACCUGCACAAAUUAGGUAGUGAAUAUAAAAUUGCUUAUACAGUUAGUGUCAUGAUGUGAGUCCAUGGAGGCGGAUACAAAUGCAGAACUUCUUUUAUUGCAGACAGACAGAGGGAAUAGACACAGGGAAAUUGAAAUCAGAGGAAAGACACAAAAGGAACCCGCAUUAUCAGAAACUUGGUAAUUAGAAAAUAAACCCUAAGGUAAAAAAGUACAAAAUAACCAAAACACAGUGCAUAAAGAAAAGCAAUAAGAGAACCAAAUACAAAAUGUGACCUGACCUUAAUCCAGCAACUAAGGAAGAAAAACAGGCGGUUUAAAUAGGGUACUAAAUAAUCAGGGAAAACGGAAAAACACAUGAGUAUAGUUGAGACAGGAAAUGGAAGGAGACAACAGAGGAAGAAGUUCUGCAAGGACAGCCAGGGUGGAAUUGCCCCUGGGGGCCAUUACAGUUAGGAAUGUAUUUUGUACAAUUAGGGCCAUAACAAAAAGUUUUGUAUGUUUAAAACAGUUAGAAAUAUCCCAGGGACUACACCCAUAAGCACACUGUCGUGAUUAGGUGUGUACCAAUGUGUUCUUCUAAAAGAAAAUUAAUCAAUGCCACAAUCAUAAAUCAAUCAUACAAACAAUUGAUGUGUAAAUAAUUUAAUAGCACAUAACUUGAUUCUUGAUACAGAGUGACUUCAUCAUUCACUCACAUAACGAUGGGAGGCUAAUAAAUUGAAUUGUAUCAGUAGCAGAUUCAGUGAUCUCGUCAAAUAUUGAAUCAUUGCCUUAUGAAUCAAAAUCAUCUUGUGUGGUAGCCUAAGGUUUACACCCAGUGAGGAGGUUGGUGAAGGAGGGAAGAGAGAGACCAAAGAUCACAUAAUGCAGUGGCUAAAGGUCACCAAGCAUCAUUAGAACUGCAGUUGGAAUUGUGUUGUGGUCAGAUGAGACCAAAAUCAAAGUCUUUGUUCAUGCACACCAUCAGCAUAUUUGGUGACAAAACCGGACUGUAUAAGGAAAUUAUAGAAAUAAUUGCCAAUAAUUCUAAAACCAGUGUCUAGUAGAAAAAAAAAAGUGAUUUUAAAUCACUUAUUACAUGUUGUUGUUAUUGUUUAUUGCUCAUUUUAAUGAAUGGCAACUCUAAGUUGACAACAGUUUAGGUUUUGGAUAAGAAUAUAUAAUAUGUUAGUAUAUAAUGAUGCAAUAUACAUUAUAAACCUAUAAUCGUUUCUUUUUUUUUUUUAAUGUUGCCUACUCAUUAUGUUUAUUACCUUGUAACUACAUUUAUAGGCCAUUGUUUCCAGGUAUACUGUACCUACAAAGUGCACUUAUGGUAGAUAGACAACUACUAAGUGUAGCCUAUCUGUUGCUAUGCACAGUUUUUCAGCGCCCCUCUACCAUGUCCACCUCUGGGAGGAGAUCACCAUCUUCCUGCUCAAUCCCUUCCCUUAACGCAACUUUCACCUGUCCAAGGUGGACAUUAUAAGGAUGCAGAAGGCAAAAGAUAUGGAAUGGACACAGAGGAGUGGAGUCAGUGGCAGAAUGAGUUUCGUGGGCAGAUCCGGGCACUGCGCCACUGGCUGAAGAGCAUGGAGAUGAGACUGCCUCCUGUGGAUCCUGCACUUCAAAGUAAUGGAAAGUCCAGGUUGGAGAAGGAAUUAAGUCUGGAUAGAUGGAAGAGUACCAGGAGUACUUUGGCUCUGACAGAUGGAUUUGGGGAUCCUGAAAUGUUUAAGCAAAAUCUGCAGAAAUUAUUAACCUGGGUUUGUGAGAUUGAAGAGCUCAUGGCAAAUCAAAAACCUCCCUCAUCGGAAUUUAAAGUAGUGAAAGCUCAGCUUCAAGAACAGAAGCUUCUGCAGCGUCUUCUAGAGGACAGGAGGUCUAGCAUGGAAACUAUGAUGCAGGAAGGCCCACAUUUAGCAGAGGAGCUUCAGGAGGAAGAGAGGGAUAAAGCCAAACUCCAACUUCCCCAACUCAAACUGAAGUGGGAAGCUCUUCUUUUAGGAGCUAAUAGCAGGAGACAGAGUUUGGAGCUCAUUUUGCCCCAGGCUCAGCUCUUUCAGGAGAGAAUAGACAGUCUUCAUCAAUGGCUAAUAUCCAUGGAGCAGGACUUAGCGGAGCUCCGUUCUGCAGAGAGAGCAAUGCUUCAUUUACAGGAAGCCACUGAUCAAGCCAAGGCUGUCAUGGAGGAAAUAAAAGCAAAGAGUGCUGACUUAGGAAAACUUCAGCAGUGCUGUCAUGAUUUCAUUGAGAGAGUCUCAGAGGAGGAGUUUCAGCUGGUUCAAGAGAAGGCAGAUAGCUUGCGGAUCCGGUACUCAGUGCUCAGUUUGGGCAGUGCUGAUGUGCUGCAGAGGCUGGAGCAUGCUCUGGAGGCUUCUAGCCGAUGCACCUCCAGUCAGGAAGACCUCCACCUGUGGCUGGGCCGCAUCGAGAGGGAACUUCUGGGAACAGCUCAGACUGGAGAUGCAGUGCUGUGUGCUGCUGAGAGAGAGAGGUUGGAACAAGCAGUUGAAAAAGAAUUGGCCUGGUUUCGAGCUACAACCCAGGGACUGGAGAACCUCAGAGUCAUCAUCCUGGACCCUGAUGUCAUUGCUACCCAGCUCUAUGAACAGAAAAUUCUCUCAGUGGAGAUUCUUCAGCACAGGUAUAACAUAGAGAAAAUGGUGAAGGUUUCUGAACUCUUACAGGCAUAUAGUGAGAGUGAGGAUAUGGGAAGCCUCCAGACGGGUCUGGACACUCUGGAGGAGCAAUGUCAGAUAACCACUGGCACUAAUUCCCAUGUGGUGUUACAACUGGAGCAUGCUCAAUCUCUCUUGUCCCAGUUCUCAGAGGGCUAUGCCGAGGUGGUGCCAUGGUUACAGGAAACCAAAACCCUUACUGACCGGCUUACUUUGAACACCAUCAGUUACGAGGCAUUCAGAGAACAACAGGAGCUCUUACAGAGCCUAAGGGAGUCUGUAGCUGAACACAAGCCUUUAAUAUUCCGAUUAGGAAUGCUGGCCAAACGUCUGUCAGACCUGAGUCCUGACCAGGCACAGCAAUACUGCCAGAAAGUGACAGAGGCUGAGGAGCACUACCAAACCAUCAGAGACAGAGUCCGAGAGGCUGCCAGAGUCCUUGAGGAGUCUCUGCCACGGUAUACGCAGCUGAAUGAGAGGAUGAUUCUGAUAGGGGAAAGCAUCGAGCAUCUGUACAACCACAUGCAGACCACAGUGAUUCUUCAGGGCCUCACUCCACGCAUUCAGGAACAACUGAAGGACAACAAGAACAUUCUGGCUGAGCUCUCCAAGCUGGAGCUGAGCCUGAACAGUGUGAGGACUCAAGCUGAGGAGCUGCUGGCAAACACACAAGCAGUGGCAGGCAGCUCCAUAGGCUCAGCUAUCCAGGAGCAGGUGAGCAGCCUGACCAGCCAGUGGGAGGAGACUCAAAGGCAGUGUCAGGAGAGGGAGAAGUGGCUUCUCCACCUGCUUGAUUUGGCUACAAGGUUCUGGAAUUAUGUAAGCAGCAUGACCAUUGGGUUGAAUGAUGCCCAACAAAUACUGCUAGACCUCAACUCAAGCAGAACAGACUCAGAAACCAUCCAGCAGAGCCUGGUCACAAUGCAGACACUGAGAGAGGACAUUGAUGGACUACAAGGAGAACUAGACACACUUGGGGUUUUGGGAAUGGAGCUAAUGUCUGCAUGUGGAGACACGGACAAGCCAGAUGUCACAAAAAGCUUAGAUGAGCUCUACUGCACAUGGAACAAUCUAAAUAAGAUCUGGACUGAGUGCCACAAUAAGUUAGAAGAAUCUCUACAGUUGGCGCUGAAUUAUCAGGACACCCUGCAGGGGCUAUUUGAGUGGCUCAAGUCAGCAGAACUGAAAUCCACUGAAGAGUUCUUAGUGGGAUCUGACCUUGGAUCUGUCAAAGAGCAGCUGUGUGGUCUGAAGGAGUUCAAGCGGGAAUUAUACCAGAAAAAGAUUGAGGUUGAGAGUUUGAACCAUCGUUUUGUGGGUCGUCUCUCUCCGGGGUCUGUGCGGCCUGGGUCUGCCUCACCGUUGAGUGAUUUUCGUCAGCGCUGGGACAGCCUGGAGUCAGAGACUGUCAGCCGACAACACCAAUUGGAGUGUGCACUGCUGGGAUUGGGCCAGUUCCAGAAUAAUUUUGAUGAGCUGCAUGCCUGGAUCUCCCACACUGCUGAACUGCUGCAGGCAUCUCGGCCCAUCAGCAUUGACCUACAGACCUGUGAGAUAGAGCUGGCCAAGCACAAGGUGCUGCGCAAUGAUGUGAUGUCACAUGUACACACUGUGGAGUCUCUGAACCAGGCAGGAAGGAUCCUGCUGGAGGGCACAGGAGGAGAGAGCCCUCAGGGUCUGCAGCAUCACCUGGAGCAACUGAACGAGUGCUGGGAGUUUGUACGCUCUGAGACAGAGCGCAGGCAACUGGAGCUGGAGAAUUACCUCAGUCAAGUUCAAGAUGUAACAAUGGAAAUCCAGGAUCUUCUGCAGUGGCUGGAGUACACAGACUUGAAACUAUCCUCCACUAAAACUGUAUGGGGAAUGCCAGACUCUGCCAGUGAGAGACUCAGUAGUCAUUUGGAGCUGUGUAAUGAGAUGGACUCUAAACUGCAUUCCUACACGAAUAUCCGUAAUGCUGUCCACAGGAUGCUGGAGGGAAGCAACGUGGCCCGUGGCUCCAACACUGAGCACAGCUUAAGCAUCCUGGAGCAGAAGUGGAACACUGUCUAUACAAAAAUGCAAGACCGCAAGGCUAAGUUAACAGAAGGACUUGGUCUAGCAAAGGAGUUUAACAGCAAUGUCCAAGAUCUGCUGACCAAAAUGGCAAAGUGUAAAGAGGUCAUUAGUGCCCUGCCUACUCCCAGCUUCAUCCUCGACACCAUCAGCACCCAGCUUCAGGAACACAAGAUGUUGGUGAAUGAGGUCCAGUCAUACGGGGAGAAGAAGACUUGUGUUGAGAAUUCAGCCUCACAGCUGUUGGAGCUUAGCAGGAAAGAGGACUGUGAUGUGGUACAGAAUCUGCUGAUAACAGUACAAGACCGCUACAGGAAGCUCAACCAGCACACUGCAGACAGGGGGAAGACUCUGGAUGAUGUUAAGAAACAAGCUAAACAGUUCAGUGAGUCCUGGCAGCUGCUGAUGGACUGGAUGACUGAAGUUGAACAGACUCUGGACACACAUAAGGAGAUCGCUGUGUCACAUGAAGAGAUCAAACAGCAGCUCAUUGAGCAGAAGGAAUUCCAUAAACUCUUUCGCUCCAAGAGGCCAAUGUACGAGGCCUGCUUGAAGCGUGGUCGCACCCUCUUAGAAAAGACUCAGAAUCCUUUAGACACCCAGCAUCUUGAGAAUAUGGUGUCUGAGCUCAGAGACUCAUGGGAUACUGUCAGUGGAAAGUCUAUGGAGAGGCAACAUAAAUUGGAGGAGGCUUUGCUGUUUUCUGGAAGGUUCAGCGAUGCUCUCCAGGCACUAAAUGACUGGCUGUACAGGGCAGAGCCACAGGUUGCUGAAGAUGUGCCUGUUGGUGGCGAGAAGGACUUGGUUAAUAAUUUAACUGACAAGCACAAGGUGUUCCAGAAAGAGCUGGGGAAGCGUGCUGGUUGUAUUCGCACCCUGAAGCGUUCGGUGAGAGAUCUGACCCGUGGAAGCACUGCUGAUGCCCACUGGCUGCAGGAGCAGAUGGAGGAUUUGGAGGUCCGCUGGGAGGCUGUGUGUAAACUCUCAGUGUCCAGACAGACCAGACUGGAGGCAGCACUACGACAGGCAGAGGAGUUUGACAGAAUGGUCCACUCAUUCCUUGAUCAACUUGUUGACAUUGAGAGGGUUUUGAAAUAUGGCUCAUUACCUGAAGAAGAAAAGGCUCUCCAAACCUUUCUCACACAGCACAAGGAGUCAAUGAGUUCUUUAAGUAGUCAUCAGGUGGCACUGGAAUGCAUACAAACCUUAGGUGAAGAGAUUUUGUCCUCCUGCCACCCUGACUCUGUUAUUACUAUCAAAUCUUGGAUCAGUGUCACCAAAACCCGCUAUGAGGAAGUCCAGACAUGGGCACAGCAGCAAGCUGAACGAAUCCAAGCUGCCCUUUCUGCUCUGGAGGCUGAGAGAAAAGAGGUACAGGGCCUCCUGAACUGGAUCUCCUCUGCUGAAGAAUCACUGAACCUCAAAGACCAGGAACCCUUGCCUGAUGACAAAGAGCAGACAGCAGAGCUCAUCACCCAACACACAGUUUUUAUGGAUGAGUUAAAGAGUAAAGUAAUAGAAGUAGAAAAUGCCACAAAAUCCUGCAAACUCAAGCUGACUCCUAAGCAGCAGGUGUCUCCGAGCCACAAGACACCAACCAAAAGGAGAGGCCAAACAAAGUCCCAGACCUCAGUUACUUUGCCACUGGAGAGGCUGGAACCUCAGACACCCCAGUUGUGUCAACUAGUCAGUGGGUGGCAGAAACUGUGGGUCCAGGCCCACAGCAGACAGAGCAGACUUGAAGAGCACCAGCAGAGACUCAGAGAGGUGGAAGAGUUUGCUAACUUUGACUUCAACAUAUGGCGCAAGAGGUACAUGCAGUGGAUAAGUCACCUCAAGUCUCGGAUUUUAGAUGUUUUCCGCAGCAUCGAUCGGGAUCAGGAUGGCCGAAUUAGCCAAAAGGAGUUCAUCGACAAUGUCCUGGCCUCCACAUUCCCAACCAGUUCCUUGGAAAUGACAGCAGUUGCAAACAUCUUUGAUGUGAAUAGUGAUGGAUUCAUUGACUACUAUGAGUUUGUGAGUGCACUCCACCCAAGUCGAGAUCCCUACAGAAGAACAAUUGAUGUAGACCAGAUCAAUGAAGAGGUGAGCAGGCAGGUGUCCCAGUGCAGCUGCCCAAAGAGAUUUCAGGUGGAGCAGGUUAGCGCUAACCGGUACAGGUUUGGAGAUUCUCAGCAGUUACGUAUGGUGCGUAUUUUACGAAGCACACUCAUGGUACGUGUUGGUGGUGGAUGGACAGCGCUGGAUGAAUUUCUUGUUAAGAAUGACCCUUGCAGAGUGAAAGGUCGGACAAACCUGAAGAUAAAGGAGAAGUACCUGUCACCUCAUUCUUUUGAAGCAUCUGGUUGCAGAGGAAGCAAGGGGAUGACAGUGAGCAGGUCAAACUCCAGCCUGAGUUUAUACAGCAGUGCCUCAGCUCCUAGUAGUCCCUUAUCUCGAAAGGCACUGUUACGCAGAAGUUUCUCUGGGGAACGGUGCAUUCGGCCAAGGAGCUCUAUAGCUGCAUUAGGAACAGACCAGUUCUCUCCAGCAGGAGAUGAUGAUUCUCCCUCAACCUCAGAGGAAACUGAAAGUGCGCCCACAUGAUUCUACACUCAGCUCCCAGCAUGUAAAAGCAACAGGACUCAGGAUCCAAGUUCAGAGGCCCAGAAAGUGGUACAGGCCAAAAUAGAAGAACUUAGUUUAUUGGUCCCUCCUCUACAUAACCCUUCACACACUCACCCUGGCUGAUGGACCUUUUUUUCAUCCAAGAGCUGGUGGAUCAUGUUCCCAGUGGUACAAAGGUGUGGUGGGAAUUCUAUCCACAGUCAGGAAUUAUGCAACCUUAGUCCUUUUCACAACACAGCAUUUUGCCAGCUACUAAAAUUUGUAUUUAUAUAUUUUGCUUGUGUUGGUUUUUUUUUUUGCAAAGCAAACACAGUAUAUCCUCCUCUCUGUUCUGAGAGACUUAAAGUGUUAGAAUGUUCUGCAUGGGUAUUAGCUGCAUGAUGCCUCUGCUCUCCCAAAUCCCAAAUAUUUUGGCUUUAUACUAAAUAAUGUGCAUACUGAGGUCCUUUACUGUGAGGAUGUGGGCAUCAAAAAUGCAAAUGCCUUUCCUGAAAACACACAUAUGCACACAUUCACACAUAUCAGCGAUCUGUUUCAUAAUUAUUUACUCGACAACCUGCAGAUGCUGAUGCCAACCAAAACAACCAGACCUCGUUCAACUGCCUUAAGGCUUGAAUGAAUGUAUUCUCUAUUAUUAUGUAUUGUAUACUCUUGAAAAAAAAAAAAAACUCAAAUAUUAAGAUACAUUUGUAUUGAACUUUGUAUGUGUGGUUGUAGAAUUUCCUCAGGUUUGAUGAGUUAAACUAUUUAAAUAUUAAGCAGUAAUUUGGCCCUCGUACAAAGGUACACUGUAAUGCCAGUUAGAAGACUUGACAUGUUGAACAUCCAAAAAGAUAUGUUUUUCACUGCAAUCAAAUAUAUAAUGGAUUUGUUUUUCUCUCUAGCUCAUGUUAAUGUCUUUGUAGAGUAAUUAUAUUUCAACUUAUUCUUGCAUAGAUUUCUAAAUAAAUCAUUUUGAACAAUCAACUUUAAGUGUUUCCCUAAGAGGACAUGAAAGUGUAGGUCUCCAUGAGAUUAGCAAAAAAUAUGAAUUGUCCAACACUCUCUGCCAGUCCUGAACUGUGUUUUAUUUAAACCAAAGGCCACAUGUAUUUGAUCUGUUUUUGUAUCAGCAGGGCAGAGUCCUGUAUAUCUAUUCAUUUUAUACCUUAAAGAAUGUCUUAGUUGUGGCCUUUGGUUCAUAUCACAUAACAUGCAUGUGCCUUUUUUGUUGAUCUUAAAUACACAAUGUAAUGUGAAUACUGCUGAAGUCUGUGGAACACACUUUGUGUCAGUUGUCCACUUACUGCAGGAACAAUGGUGCAACUAUGAGUAUAUAUUUAAAAAAAAAAAAAAAAAAAAAAAAUUCAUGCCACUUUACCUUCAUUCAUUAUAUGUACAGUAUAACUGCUGCUUUCUGAAACACUGGAAAGAGCUUUCUCCUGAAUAUGUACCUUUCUGGUGACAUCCAAAAAAGCACUGCAUGUACUCACUUCAGAAGAUUUUUAUUUCGUUGUAGAUGAAUGUUACUAAUAAGAUGUUUCUUGUAAAAUAAACCAUUUUAUAGAAUGUUGUUUUUAAUAUGAAGAGUUUUUUCAUUUUUUGGUUUGUUCUCAGCUAUCAUAUAAUGACUAGUCAUCCUAUUAUCUGUACUGUAUGUACUAUCAGUGUAUAAAUAACUACAGUAAAAUUACCUUUAGUACAUACUGAAAUUCAGAAGCUGAUGACCCUGCUUUGGCAUAGUAU